UCGAGCGGUCUCGCUGACUCAGACCUCUAAAAACGAAAGAAGAUAGUCGUUCUUACCCGCAGCCCACCGUGACGAUCCUAGUGAACCUUCCUGCCAAAAGAUCUUUGAAGUAGACUGUCAUGCACGUCUUAAUUUUGGGAGCAACAGGCGCCGCAGGUGUGCUUCUUAUCCAGGAAGCGCUCCUAGCAUCGCACACCGUGGUCGUAUACGCGCGCACCCCAGAAAAACUCCCUGAGGAGACCAAGCAUGAUCCCCGCGUCACAAUCCAUAAAGGGGAGCUCGAUGACAGAGAGGCGCUUUCAUCGGCCAUCAUGGGCGUUGACGCCGUACUUUCUGCUCUGGGCCCAUCGGUCUCGCGCGGACCUAUGCACCCGAAGGGCACACCUCUUGCGCGGGCAUAUUCUCUGAUCAUUGAACUUAUGAAAAGCCAUCGUGUGCGUCGGCUGCUGGCCCUCGGGACACCAAGUAUAACAGACCCGAACGACAAAUUCAGCUUGCGGAUUUCCAUAAUAGUCAAUGGCGUAGCCACCCUGGCACGUACGGCAUACGAAGAUGUUGUAGCCAUCGGUGAAACCAUUCGGACCCAAGGAAAUGAUCUGGAUUGGACGAUCGUUCGCGUACCUAUCCUAAGUGGGGCAAACGACAAGAGAUUUGUUGUAGGUUAUGUGGGAGACGGGAAUACAGGGAUACGGGUAACAAGAGCAGGGUUCGCAUUAUUUGUUGUGCAAGAACUCGAGAACAACGAGUGGGUGAAGAAGGCACCAUUGAUCACACUGCCUUGACCCUAUGAAUUUUCAAUCUUUGCAUGACUAACGUAGGACUAUCCCUAUGAUCGUAAAUCUUUGUACAUCC